CCGGAUGUUGCAGCGGCAGUUUCCGGCCAGCUCCGUGGCAGGGGCAGGCGGCGGGUGCGGGUCUGAGCGGCGGGCGGGCCGCAGUGGGGCCGCGGAGAUGGUGCUGCUCACGAUGAUCGCCCGUGUGGCGGACGGGCUCCCGCUGGCCGCCUCCAUGCAGGAGGACGAGCAGUCAGGCCGCGAUCUACAGCAGUACCAGAGUCAAGCGAAGCAGCUCUUCCGCAAGCUGAACGAGCAGUCCCCCACGAGAUGUACUCUCGAAGCAGGAGCCAUGGCUUUCCACUACAUCAUUGAGAAAGGAGUGUGUUACCUGGUCCUGUGUGAAGCUGCAUUCCCCAAGAAACUGGCCUUUGCAUAUCUGGAAGACUUGCAUUCAGAGUUUGAUGAGCAGCAUGGCAAGAAGGUGCCAACGGUCUCCAGGCCCUAUUCCUUCAUUGAAUUUGAUACCUACAUACAGAAAACCAAGAAACUCUACAUUGAUAGCCGGGCGAGGAGGAACCUGGGCUCCAUCAACACAGAGCUGCAGGAUGUGCAGAGGAUUAUGGUGGCCAACAUUGAGGAAGUCUUACAGCGAGGAGAGGCACUUUCAGCUCUGGAUUCCAAGGCCAACAGCUUGUCCAGUUUGUCCAAGAAGUACCGUCAGGAUGCGAAGUAUCUGAACAUGCGUUCCACUUACGCCAAACUUGCAGCGGUAGCUGUGUUUUUUAUCAUGUUGAUCGUCUAUGUGAGAUUCUGGUGGCUGUGAGCCAGUUGCAGCCACGGAAGAGGGAAAGUCGGUAGCCUGGCAGGUGUAUGUGUGCAGGACACUGUUCACGGGGGAUGUGCAUUAGAAUCCACACAGGACCAUCACCUUUAUGGGAGUGUCCUGAAAUUGUUAGGUGACACCUGACUACUACACCUCUUACUGAAGCCUAACAAUAGGUGUAGUAAAGGCUUGUUGACUACAGGCUUUUCCUCUGAGGCAGUUUGCACUAGGGUACUGCAGAGUUUGGCCUCCCAUGGUUCUGCCCCCCACCUCCUGGGGGCAUGCUCUGGGAACAGUCAAUCAGCGCGGUUUAGCAUAAUCACAUUGUACGUCCUCCUAUUGAGUAGCUCUAGUGGGAACUGGACUCUAAUGAACAUUCCUUGUGUUGGCAAUGUUUGCUUUUUUAGAAUCUGGGUCUGCAGUUAUUUUUCUUUCUUUUCUUUUUUUUUAAAGACAAGACUCCCCUGUUUGAAGGCAAAUACUGCACUGUACAUAUAAUAGCUUUCAUCUCUGUCAGAAUAGCUAUUGUUGAGUUUUCUGUGUCUUGACACGUUGGCUUGUUACACUUUAAAUUGCUUUAGGAAGAAAUGGAUGUUAAAUUAUGCCUUAAAAUACAUUCUGUCUAGUACUAGGAGGGGCAAUGAAAGGCUUCUAUAUUACUGAUUCCUAUAAAAUUAAACUACAGGUUCGUUAAGUGUCUACUUUCCCUCUCCUGACAGCUGUGUAUGACAGUAUGUUUCCAUGUGAACAGGGUGUGUAAUUCAAUGCUGUUGGAGCGGGCACAGUGCAAACUAUGUCAGCACUCUGUUUUUUUUUUUUUUACCCUUCCAUCUGCAGAUUCACUACAUUAUUUCCUUCCUUUUUAUAACUGUGCUUUCCUUCCAAAAUAUGUCAAAACUGCCAGCGUUUCAUCUCUGGGAUGCUUGUUUUCUUUCUCCCUCUUUCCCCCACCUAAAACAACCAAAAAAACCAAAACUCUGAAUGUUGUGAAGAAAAAGCAGUGUUUCCUUAAAAAACACUUCAACUUUACAUGAAGGAUUCAAAAGGAUAAUUUAAAAACAGUGGAAUCCUUUGGAAACACCACCUUUUUUUCAUGUGGUCACCCUCUCCCUACCUCACUUGGGAAGUUGAAACUGUAGGUGAAGAAAAACUUGUUGUGGGGCAAUAGUAUAUAGCUACUUCUUUCUUAUGGGCCAAUCUAUAGACUUCCAGUGUAAUGUAAUUUUUUUUUUAAUUUUUUUGUCCACCUGUGCUAAGAAUAACAUUUUACCAGUCAGCUUUUGUUUUUAUUUAAAAAAAAAAAAAGAAACCCCACAGCUCAGGCACUCUUCUGCACUCAAGUGUCUGCCACUUGGUAGGAAGCAGGCAGUGUCACAGAAGGAAGUUUCAGGACUCCCCGGCACCUUUCACAAGCACAUAAUCUUGUGUAGUUCUGGAAGUAUAAGCUGUGACCUAGAAAUGUUUCCUGCCACUGGUAGGGAACAGAGCUAUUGUCCUGACUGGGAACACCCCAGCUUGGCACUGUGUUGGACUGGCAGGGAAGCAGUUAGCACUCGUCCAAUAAACCUAGCAAAUCUGAUCUGCCAUGUAGUCUUAAAAUCAUCUGGUUUCUGCAUGAUGCCUCCAAGUGUUACUUUGUAGAUUGCUUUAUUAUUAUUAUCAUUAUUUUUAAUCCUUUUAAGUGGUGUCCCGAACAGGUGAAUAUCCCAGUGAUGUAGGUCUUGGAACGUAGGCUCUGAAAGGUGAGCAGACACCGACCAUAUGUGGAUUGUCAUGAUUGGAGGGGAGUGAUGCUUCUGCAGCAAAGGGCAGCUGGGUGAGCAGUUGCCUACUGCAGCCCCAGUGUCAGCAGUGAAAUAAACGCUUCUGAAAAAUCCACUCUGCA